AUGCUGUUGUCGUCGACAUCGCCACUGUACCACUACCAACGGCCAUGCCUGACACACUUUCAUAAGUCGAGUGCGUCGUACGAACGACUACAAAGCACAAUUGUCAGACACGCGGGGCCUACAGCGAAGAUCAACAACGUUCUGAGUAUACCCCCGGGCCCCAGCAGUAGACUCAUCCUCUCACAAACAUUGCUGCAGCCAGCCGCCAUGAUUGCGUGCCCGUCUGACCCUUUCACCGCUUCCCUCGUACGCCCCUGA